CGAAAAACCCUCUAUAAUAGCCACUACUAUAGAGCCAACUUACCACUCUUCUACAGUACUAAAUCCAUCACCACCUUUGACUCUCUAAAGCUCACUAUUUGUCCUGUUAAGCAGCGAUAUCGCAGUAUUAACUCUGUCACUCUGGAGCGCUUGCCGGACUCCAGCCUGGUUUGCCGGGGCCGCGGCUCUGGGGCCCAAAUGCUUCAAGGCGUGUUGCUCCAUUGUUUGGAGUUGUGGGAAGAGUGUUGGACCGCUUGCAUGGACGCAUUAGAUGAUGUCGUUCGAGUUGAGGAUGAGGAUAUUCUAGAUGCUGCUACGAUGGCCGACUUCAUGUUUGAUAACGCUUUCCAAAGAUCCAGGCUCUACUUCCAAACCCUCCAGCUCCUUCGCGUAUUCUCCGAUAGCAUCCUGGAUACCGGCCGGGAUAUCCACCAGCUCGAUAGCAUGUUCUUGGAUCCAGAGACAGCAAGGGAUAUGUUUUGUAUGCCCCAGAACGCUCCUUUUGGCCGUUCGGCACUAUCGCAGGAGCUCGCCGACUUGAAGAAGAACUGGGAAUUCGUCACGAAGUUCCACUCUGAAGCUGAGGUGCGCCUUGUCCAGCAAGUACAAGCGAAGAUUGCCGAGAUACAAGGUCUCCGCGAUGGGCCCUUAAAUGCAACGUCUUUACGUGAGACAGCUGAGUCUACGAAGAUGAAUCGCUACAUCAUAGUAUUUACUGUGGUAACUGUUUUGUAUCUGCCCCCAACCUUCAUUGCAACUGUAUUUGGCACAGACCUGUUCCACGAGACAGAACUCACCGAGACCAUCAAUAAAUACAAGAUUGCAACGGUUGCCGCGUCGAUAGGAACAUACAUCCUUGCAUUCUUGCUCAUCUUGAUGGUUGAGCGGAUUGGCGUUGUCCAAUCCCUGUGGGCUUGGGUCAAAGGCUUCAACCCGCAGAUGCACGGCAAACUGAAGAGGUGGAUUCUAAAUCGGCGCUCUGAGCCCGACUUACAGUAA